AUGUCUGGUUCCGCCGACCCUGUUUCUGCCGCUUUCGACACCAUCCUGGUGCUGGAUUUUGGGUCCCAGUACUCGCAUCUGAUCACGAGAAGACUGAGAGAGUUCAAUAUUUACGCAGAGAUGCUGCCCUGCACGCAGAAGAUCUCUGAAUUGGGGUGGACGCCCAAGGGUAUCAUCAUGUCCGGUGGGCCGUACUCCGUGUACGCGGAGGAUGCCCCACACGUCGACCACGACGUGUUCAAGCUGGGCGUCCCCAUCCUGGGGAUCUGCUACGGUAUGCAAGAGCUUGCCUGGAUCAACGGGAAGCAGGUGCACCGUGGGGAGAAAAGAGAGUACGGGCCCUCGAAGUUGCACGUCUUGGACAACACGAACCCGCUGUUUGAAGGAAUCGACAACUCGACAGUGUGGAUGUCCCAUGGGGACAAAUUGAACGGGUUGCCCACUGGGUUCAAAGUCAUUGCCAUUUCGGACAACUCCCCCUUUUGUGGGAUCGUGCACGAGAGCGACCCUAUCUACGGUAUCCAGUUCCACCCAGAGGUCACGCAUUCGACGAUGGGGAAAGUCCUGUUGAAGAACUUCGCCGUUAACUUGUGCCACGCGGCACAGAACUGGACCAUGGAGAACUUCAUCGAGAAGGAGAUCACCAGAAUUAGAGAACUAGUCGGUCCCACUGCGGAGGUCAUCGGUGCUGUUUCCGGUGGGGUCGAUUCCACGGUCGCCUCCAAGCUGAUGACUGAGGCCAUCGGCGACAGGUUCCACGCCAUCCUCGUGGACAACGGUGUCUUGAGAUUGAACGAGGCUGCCACCGUUAAGAAGACCCUGGUCGAUGGGCUUGGGAUCAACCUGACUGUCAUCGACGCCUCCGAGGAGUUCUUGACUAAGCUUAAGGGCGUCACGGACCCAGAGAAGAAGAGAAAGAUCAUCGGGAACACUUUCAUCCACGUCUUUGAGAGAGAGGCUGAAAACAUUAAGCCAAAGGACGGCCAAGAGAUUCAAUACCUGCUUCAAGGCACUCUGUACCCUGACGUCAUAGAGUCCAUCUCCUUCAAGGGUCCCUCGCAAACCAUCAAGACUCACCACAACGUCGGUGGUCUGUUGGAAGACAUGAAGUUGAAACUGAUCGAACCAUUGAGAGAACUGUUCAAGGAUGAGGUCAGACACCUUGGUGAGCUGUUGGGGAUCUCCCACGAGCUUGUCUGGAGACACCCAUUCCCAGGUCCAGGUAUCGCCAUUAGAGUCCUCGGUGAAGUCACCAAGAGCCAGGUCGAGAUCGCCAGAAAAGCCGACUACAUCUACAUCGAAGAGAUCAGGAAGGCUGGUCUGUACGACAAGAUCUCGCAAGCGUUUGCCUGCCUGCUACCGGUCAAGUCCGUCGGUGUCAUGGGUGACCAAAGAACCUACGAGCAAGUCAUCGCUUUGAGAGCCAUCGAAACCACCGAUUUCAUGACCGCCGACUGGUACCCAUUCGAGCACAGCUUCUUGAAGAACGUCGCUUCCAGAAUCGUCAACGAGGUCGACGGUGUCGCUAGAGUCACCUACGAUAUCACCUCCAAGCCUCCAGCCACCGUCGAAUGGGAAUGA